AUGUCCUGCGAUUGCUGCAACGCAUUGGACCUCCCGCAAUUCGGCUUCCAGUCCGACUCGGUGGAAUUCCGCCGACUGGUCGAGCGGAAUCCCUUUAUCUUCCGGGUGCAUAGUCCCAAGACCGACAUAUCGCCUCUGGAAGACGCAUUUAUCGCUCCAAAAUUUGACGCCCGCUACUCUGAUAUCAAAGAAGAGCAACUCCGCGAUCCACCGGCUGCGACAUAUGUUGAGGUCGCCAAACAUCUAGAAUGGACAACACGACAUGCCUCAGAGUACAUAUCGACGUCGUUCAGCUUCAUGUGGGCUAUCUGGGAGGCCUUGCGCCGUUAUCAUUUUGGCGUCAAGCACGAUGUAGAGAUUGCCAUCAUCGACGCGACUGCUUCGGUUAUUUCUCAACGGGCCAUAACCGCGGUCGAGGUUCUUCGUUCGGUAUCACCUGCUGUACGACAUCCUGACCACUGGAAAUGGUACCAUCACGCAGAGGAAUCGCAAAGCGUCCUCGUCUACGGUUCUAUUCCUCAAUAUGCAGUUCUCGCAUCGGUUCCUCUGCUAAAACUGCUUGACGCUCUCCCAUCCUAUUGUCUUCGUCCUUUCCCGCUUUCUCCUCCGACAUUUCCCAUUCCCAUCGCACGUGUUGCCUGGUUCUAUCCCCGUCCACCGAGCAAGGCCAGCUACCAUAACUUCUGCGCCGUUCAGGCCACUUUCUUCGCUGCUCUUUCUGAGGAUGCUCGGAAAGAUGAUGCUACUCGUGGUGCUGUUGGGCUAGCCAUGGCUUUCCUUGGUGGAUGGGCUGCUUGGAUGGUGAAACUUCUUGCCGUUUCCGAAGAUGUGCAGACUGGACUGGAAAAUGCUGAAGAUCGGAACAUGUUUUCUAAUGCGGCGCUGACAAAGGUCCUCGAACUUGCCAAGGCAAUAGCGCGGUGGCCAUAUUCUUCAGACAUAGCCGAGAAACAGCACGAGCAGUGGACUACCAUUGUGCACGAACUGGGUCGGCUGGUUACUGAAGAGAUUAGAAACAUGGAAACAAGCGGCAAGGUCAAAUUGACACCGGUCCCAGUACGAAGCGAGAACAAAAACAAUGGUCUUGUGUUACAAAGCGGAUUCGAUCUCCCUUCGCCGCCAUUGGAGUCGCCUGUCGACAAGAAUACAACUCCCUGGCUUGAACGAAAGACCCUCUAUCCAUCUGAUCUUCCCCUCUGCUCACCGAUCCAACGCGAUUACUCCCACCUGCCUACACCACCCCCAACACCACCUCCCUCGCUUGUUUCAAGGUCUCCUUCCAGUGUCGCUCCUGUGCCACCAAGGCCAGGCAAUGCUGACAAGUGCCUUGAAUGCGGUCUCCGUACCCCCACACAAGCAUCUCACCGCAAAAACUCUGAGCCACUGGUGGAACAAGUCGAUGCGGCGCUGGAGAAAUAUAUCUAUUCGGAACCCGAAGGGCAUCAGACCCAAGCACCGUUGACACCACCGUCUUCCCCUGUCUUGCGGCCAACGAUACCGCAUCAUUCGGAGUCGCCAUCGUCGGAACCUCUUGUUCUUGCGCCGUCGGAAGCAGACACGCGUGUGGAGCCCGUGAAGGAACAGAAGUCAGAAUCGGAUGCCCACUCUGAUAUGCCAGCAGCUGAAGUUGAGCAAUUGGAAGCAACACCGGUCAACCCAUUCUCGUAUUCGCUCGCCGAAACAGCGUCCUGUCUCAUCACGGGGUUCAUCUUCGGUGCCCUCCUUGUCGCGGUCUUCUCGCAGCGUCAGCCCGCUAGGUUGUACGUGAGCUGA